GGAGGAACGCCAGGCCAACAGGAGCCAAGAAGUAGCCUUGAGUGCCAUGCGGUCAGGUUUUAGAGAGUUUGCACGUGAGAUGGUCGCCCAUGUUGGAGGCGAAGUCAGACAAUUGAGAUACAAUGUGGGGAAGUUUUGUGAGGGCGCUAUUGAGAGCGCCAAAGCAGUUGCCGCUGUAGAGAGCGAGGCGAGACCUCGCAAGGACCCAGUCAAACUUAAGUUCCCAGAUGCGUAUGGAGGGAAGAAGGAAGAAAAUUUUGAUAACUGGGAGGCUAGUGUGAAUAGCUACGUGUAUCUACAGCACAUCCUGACUGAGGAGCAAGUCCUCGUGGCCUUCCAGGCCCUUAACGAUGAGGCGACUAGUUUUGUCAGGUCCCUUGCGUGUGCAGCCGGUUGUGAAAACAACCUCGUUGCAUACUCUAAAAUCACCCCCCUUCCUCAAUUCUUCAAGCUCCCGAAGGAGCGAUUUGCUGAUCCAACGAGAGGUGUUAGGGCCUCUGACAAGUUGCAGACGAUCCACUCGCGACAGUGGAGGAGUGCAAGAGCACUCAAGGGCGUCAUGGACGACUUAGUAGCCAUCCCAGACCAUGGGGUCAUUGAGACCCAAUUGGUCCAGUUGUUUUAUCGUGCCAUGCCAGAGCCCCUGCGUGCGCACUUCUUUGACAAGUCUCAGCAGGCCGGCAUCACGUAUGAUGUGUUGAGUAGGCAAGUCGUCCUGUUCGAGUCAAAGUCCAUGCCAGUUUCCACUUUCUGGAAUAAGGACCUGGACAAGGGGAAGAAGUGGAAAGGCCGUACCAUCUCAGGCCAAGUGGGGGUCAAGGAUCAUAUGAUCCUUACCUUAGAGGAAGGUGGUACAAAUGAGGUCCCAUACAGUCAGAUCGAAUGGGGCCUUGAGGAGGAGGACAGUAGCGUGGGAUAAGGGAGGUCCUAUGUUGCUGUCGCGGUUGGAGGGAGGCCGCAAGGUAGAGGAGGAGGCUAGGGCCAAAGGGGCCAGGCCCUGGGAGGCCGAGGAUCGGGCACACAGGGGGUUGGCGGACAAGGGAACCGCCAAGUGGGAGGUAGGGGUCAAGGUCCCCCGCCAAAUCGCCAGGGUUCUUGUCGGUCCCGACAGCGACGAGGUGGAAGGCCACCUCAAGGAGGAUGGCACCCAGGCUUGCCUCAGCGCAGGCCCUGUGAGGAUUUGGGCUUGGACCAGCGUCUAUGGCAGGAACGCGUGGACCGAGGUCAGUGCGUAUUUUGUGGUGACCCGGCCCAUGUAAUAAAAUUUUGUCCAAGUA